CUACAGAUAAUAAAAGUAUCUUUUAGUGAUUUUUUGUUUAUUUUUUAUUUUCAUAAAACAUAAAGUUUAAAAUGAUUUUCUAAAAGUGCUCUUAAUUUGAUCAACAUGGCGUCUAACGUCUUCAUGGGAAGUGUUUACAAAUCUCUGAGGUCAAUUUGUUCUAGGAGAGCAUGUAUCCAAGGGUUUAAGCGUUCGAUUCAGACAACAAAGUCUUGUAAAGAAUUGAUGGAAUUUUUUGAUGAUCCCAAAAAUUGGGGUGCUCAAGAAGUUAAGUCUGGAAGAGCAUGGAGAAAAGAUGACUUGAGAAUUAAAAGUAAUGCUGAUCUCCACAAACUUUGGUAUGUCCUGUUGAAAGAAAGAAACAUGUUAAAAACAGUAGAACAUGCAGCAAAGACUGAAUGGCAGCUUUUCCCUAGUCCGGAAAGAAUUGACAAGGUUGAAGAAAGUAUGAAGAAUUUAGAAGAAGUGGUCAGAGAACGUAACCGUGCAUAUUAUAUGUUAGAGACAGGAGAAACUGGAGAAAGGCCAUCAGAAAUCCGUAUUGAUCCAUUCGGAAAUGAGUACAAGUAAGUUAUAUUUUUAACA